ACGGCGCAAACCACAGUCGGGCCUCUAGUUGCGUCCAAACAUGUUCCAUUUGAUUGGUGAUUUUUUGUGACAACAAUUUGUGCUUAUUCUUUUUAGACGAUGUGCGGGGUUUAUCUAUUUUGUUGUGAUUAUUAUUAAAAAAAUGGUGUUUUGAGACAACAAUAAUGGCACCAACGAUCCAAACAAAUGUUAAUAACGGUGACAGAGACAAACGCGCAGUGAGACCAGUGGAAAAACGGUCGGAGCUAAUUUGUCGAGUAAAGUACUGUAACACACUGCCAGAUAUUCCAUUCGAUCCCAAGUUUAUUACGUAUCCUUUCGAGUCGACACGCUUUAUUCAGUACAAUCCAACGUCGCUCGAACGUAAUUACAAGUAUGAAGUUCUCACUGAACACGAUUUAGGUGUUGAAAUUGAUUUAAUCAAUCGCGACACCUACGCAGGAGAUCCCAAUGCGCAGCUCGAUCCUGCGGAUGAAAAACUCCUUGAAGAAGAUGUUCUCACACCUCAGGACUCAAAGAGAUCGCGGCAUCAUGCUAGAAGUGUUUCGUGGCUUCGCAGAACUGAAUAUAUUUCAACAGAACAGACAAGGUUCCAGCCACAGACCAUGGACAAAGUCGAGGCGAAAGUUGGUUACUCUAUCAAGAAGAACUUCAAAGAAGAAACCUUGUACAUGGAUCGUGAUAGUCAGAUUAAGGCGAUUGAAAAGACAUUCGAUGAUAAUAAGAUACCAAUCACGAAACAUUAUAGCAAACCAAAUGUUGUGCCUGUCGAAGUAUUUCCGGUUUAUCCAGAUUUCAAAUUGUGGAGAUAUCCGUGUGCUCAGGUAAUUUUCGACUCAGAUCCAGCACCUACGGGGCGAUCUUUACCUGCCCAGAUGGAGGAGAUGUCACAAGCUAUGAUAAGAGGAGUCAUGGAUGAGAGUGGAGAGCAAUUCGUCGCCUAUUUCCUCCCGCUAGAAGAAACUCUGGAAAAACGGAAGAGAGACUUUACUGCGGAAAUUGAGUACGCCGAGGAAGAAGAAUAUGAAUACAAAAUGGCUCGAGAGUACAACUGGAACGUGAAGAGUAAGGCAUCAAAGGGCUACGAGGAGAAUUACUUCCUGGUGAUGAGAGAAGAUGGGGUGUACUACAACGAAUUGGAGACUCGGGUGCGUCUGUCUAAACGUCGCCAGAAGGCCGGCCAGCAGCCCAAUAAUACUCGUCUGGUAGUGCGUCAUAGACCACUGAAUGCCAAUGAGUUCAGAAUGCAGAGAUGGAGGGAAAAGCAGUUGGAGCCACCGAAUGAGGAGGAGGAGGAGGAAGAAGAAGAUGAAGAGGAGGAGGACGAGCAGCAGGAGAAUCAGAACGGUGAUAAAACUCCAGAUGAAACGAGAAGCAAUCAUGAGAAUAAUGGCUCUGACAAUGAGGAAGGGUCUCGUCGGUCUUCCCGAGCCUCUUCUCCCGCUUCUUCAGAAAAAUCUGACAAGUCACGAUCAAAAUCGAGAUCUCCUUCCAAGUCCAGGUCUCGCUCUCGAUCGCGCUCUCACUCUCGCUCGCGCUCUCCCUCGAAAUCGAGGUCACAGUCACGAUCUAGGUCAAGAUCUCAAUCCAGAUCGAGAUCACGCUCGGGUUCCAGGUCAAAAUCAGGUUCAAGGUCCCGUUCAAGAUCGGGUUCAUCAGGUCGAUCAACCUCCAGGUCCCCUUCUAGAUCAAAAUCUAGAUCACGCUCAGCGUCAGCUGCUAGAUCGGCCAAAUCUCAGUCACGAUCUCCAGCUAGAUCUGGAAAAUCUGGAAGUGGUAGCGGGAGUGGCUCUGGAAGCGGGUCUAGUGAUAGUGCUUCCGACAGUGAGUGAGAGAGCCAGCCUAUUCGACUUUAUUUCAUUUGGAUUUCAUUUACAAGGUUCAUUGCUCUUGUGUAAAAUAAAAAUAAAACAUGUAAUUGAUUUUCCUAAU